AUGCUCACCGUUGUUUUGUUUGUUUGGCAUCCAACACCGCAGGAGGCAAAGGAGCCCGAGGAGCAGCCAGAAUAUGCUCCAGCUCCGAUCUACCACGAACCUCCACCAGCAGUGAUUCCACCUGAUCAGCGUAUCGAUCCGUCCACGAUUCCACAUCCUCCCGCGAACUUCCAAGGCCCCAUGACCUUCCCUACGGAUGGCGACAAUCUGAGUCUCCCGCUUCCGCAAACGCCGCUCCAAGUGAUCGAGGGCGCGAACAGCUCUCCCUUCUUCUUCCGGCCGUCCCUCUCGACGAUCCCCGAGCAGCGUUCGAUGCUGACCGCCGCGCUGUCGGGCAAAGACGCGGAUUUCUCGACAGGAUUCGGCGUCGUUCUCACGCCCUUCGCCAAAAACCAGCCCAUCCACCGCGUGGACCGUCGCGCGGGCAUUCCUCGAUGCUCGGAAUGUCGCGGGUACGUGAACUCGUUCACCUCCUUCUCGAACUACGGCCGCUCGUUCACCUGCAAUCUCUGCGGAGCGGUCAACGACGUCCCCGACUGGUACCAGAGCCCGCUCGACGUCAACGGCCGCCCGCUGGACAUCGAGGCGAAGCCGGAGCUGCAGUUCGGGAGCUACGAGGCGGUGGUGGACAGCAAGCAGUUCAACAUGAAGGAGGGCUCGGUAGGGCGCGGAGAUGGGAUUGGACGGCAGAUCCCCGUGUAUUCGUUCCUGGUGGACGUGUCGGUGGGCGCGGUGUCGACGGGAUUAGUGCAGGCGACGAUCGCCGGGCUGAAAGCGGCGACGCAGCUGAUGGUGGAGAAGGAAGGGCCGAGUUUGGUGGGCAUCGCCAUGGUGGACGUGCGCACGCAUUAUCUGUGCUGGUCGCAGGGCCGCGUGCGCCAAAUCAUCAUGGCCGAUUACGAGGAAGCGUUCGGAGCGAUCGCGCCGGGCCGGUGGCUGAUUCGCGUGACCGAGGAAACCUUGCCGCAGAUCCACGCGCUGCUCGAUUAUGUGCUGUCGUAUGCGAACGCAGGGAGCACGGCGACGCACGCUGUGCUGUAUGCGGCGGUGAAGGGGACGAUGAACGUGCUGCGAAGCGUGGGAGGAGGCCGGAUCGUGGUGAUCCAGGGAUCGCCGAGCAUCGGCGAGGGAAGCUCGCUCGCGAAGGAGGGCAUCAAAGUGUACGGAACCACCGACGAGGCCGCGCUAUACAAUCGGAACGGAGACACGGUGUGGCUGGAGGAGCUGGACGCGCAGUGCCAAGCGUCCGCGGUGCGCAUCGAUCUCCUCUGCGCGGGCGCCGCGUCGGAUUACUUCGUGCUGGCCAAUCUGGAGAGCAUUAUCAGCGAUACCGGAGGCUCGAUCUACUUCGCUCCGUCGCUCCGCGGUCCGUACCGCGAGCAGGCUCUCGCCGAGCUGCACGCCUAUCUGCAAGUGCUCGUGCUCAACCCGUCCGCGCGCUCGCUGAGCGGCCGUCUUCGCCUCUCCGAAGGACUGAAUCUGAUCACCUAUUACGGAGGCGUGGUGAACGAUCCGCAGGGCAACACGUUCUCUUGUUCCUGCAUGACGCCCGACGCGUCGAUUGUCGCCGAGAUCGGAAUCGACCGGUACAUUAAAAAGCCCUACGCGUACGCGCAGUUUGCAGUGCUGUAUCACAAUGACCAGAUGGAGACGUGCAUCCGCGUCUUCAAUUAUCGGUUUGCAGUGGCCUCCGAUUACGCCACGAUCUACCAUUCCAUCGAUCUGACCGCGUAUUUGAUGCUGAUCACGCGCGCCACCGUGGCCGAAGUGGAGCAAGGAGGCCUUUUCGAUACGCGAGAGCACGUCCAGAACAUCGUUGCCACCGUUUUGGCGACCUAUCGAAACUGUGUGUGCUCGACCACGCCGAUCUGUUCGAAGCUCUUAUCGCUGCCGGAGCGACUCGCCAUGCUUCCGCUGUAUCUCAACGCCUUGCUUAAAUCUCCGCUGCUUGCGAUGACGCCGAUGAACAGCGUGGCGAAGCUCGAAGAUGUGUAUCCUCGCGUGGAUGAGCGAGCCUACGCGAAAUGGAUUCUGUACAACUGCACGCCGGAGCGCGUGAUGGAUUAUCUGUAUCCGCAUCUGUAUUGUUUGGACGAGACGGACGAGGCGUGGGGCAAGGACGAAGGCGAUUGGGUGUCGAUGCCGAAUCGCCUCGCUUUAUCGGGGCGUGUGCUGGAUCAUGAGCAUCUUUUCUUGAUGACUGGAGAGUUUGGAAUCGUGCUGAUUGUGGGGAAGUCGGUGCCGAUUGAGACUUGCACGCGAGUGUUGGGCGUUUCGACGGUGGUGAACACGAUGCAUGCUUCGGAGUUGCGAAUUUUGGAGAACGACGAUCCGCUUUGCGUGCGGAUUCAAACUGUGGUGCAGAAUCUGCGGGAGAGUCUUGGAGAGCAUUUGCAGGUGCGAGUCUAUCUUCGAGGGGAGAGGGAAAUGAAUCAGAUUAGCGUGUGUUUGCGAGACGAUCGAGUUCGGUCGGAUUCCUCUCUUUCCGAGUUUGUGUGCGGCUUUUUUAAGAAGGUUUUGAGUAAAUACCGAUAG